AUGCCCUACAGUAGCCAGCGUCGAGUCCAUUGGGAAGAUGAGCACCCAGCCCAAAGGCACCAUCCCCGGGGCCGGUCCAGUACAGCAACCCAUCGUCGUCACCGGGGCUCCUCCACAACGGAGCUCCCGCCUCUCGACCUGCCACGCUCCCGCUCCCGCUCCCACAGCAGGUCCCGCUCCCGGCCGCGUCGCAACUCUGCUGUCUACUACGACGAACCCGUGCCACAGCCCACGCGGGAACACACCCGUUUGGGCGCCUACCCCAUCCCGGACCUUACCUCCGAUAUUCGUAACCUGGGCUCGAACUAUACCUCUCCUUAUGGCGUUCCUCUUAUUGUUCCUCCUCCGCCUCCCGGGCCAAAUCAUGGUAUCCCUCCUCCUCCUCCGCCGCCGCCGCCACAUCAUCUCCAUCAAUAUGCUCCUAUCCCGAGCCCCAAUUCCAGCCUCACAGUCACCACUACCGGAACAGCCGCCGGGGUUGACCUACGGGCCGAAAACGAUUUCCUCCGCAAUGAGCUAAACGUGAUGUACAACAAGAUCAACCGACUUCAUCGCCAAAACCAACUCCUCUACCGCCAAUUCAACGAGUGGCGCGCCGCCGCCGCCUCUACCCCCUCCCCCUUGGGGAACGAAGAACAAUCCCGGAAGCACCAUAAGCUCAAGUCCGAGGUCAAGCGCCUGCGCGAGGAGAACCACGCCCUGCGCUCCAGCACCCGAAACUCUGCAGAAGAGGAAAUCAGCCGACUGCGGAGGAUCAUCCGCGAGUGGGAAGAUGCGUACAAUAGGUUGGAGGAGGCGUUCGAGGAGGAGCGUGGGCGGAGUGACAGGUUGAGGGGCCAUCUGCAUAGUAUUGUGUCGCAGCAACGGGAACAGGAGGAGUUGGAGCUGUUGAAGGAGGAGCAGAUGCGGCAGACAGAGGAGGAUAUUGAGAAUUUGAGGAAGAGGAUUUCGAGGUAUAGUUAG